AUGUCCAUGCCGCAAGUCACUAGCAUCCUGCUCUUCUUCCUCUUCGCUCUUCGUACUUGUCUCGCAGACCAAAAUCCUUUCGCACCGGGCAAUGGUGACUUCAAUCCCUUCGAAGGCCUUCCUGAUGCUAACAAUUUCCGUCCCAUGGGAGCUGCUCAAGCUAGGCAGCUUGGAUCUGGCAACGCUCCUGAUAGCGAUGGCUAUGGACAGGGAACGCCAGCCGUUCAGGCUGGCAACUACAACAAUGCUGGCACGGGCACCGUCGCUCUGCCUACCGAUAUCACCAGAGCUUUACCGACGGAGGGAUUGAUCAGGCGAGGGCCUGCAUCCGUUACAACGAUUCCAGGGGCUACUGCCACUGGUAAUUUCGCGAGAGAGGAUACAAUCUACUCAGACGCGCCUUUGGGAGAAAUAGAAGUAGGAACAGCGGCUGCAGGAUUUGGCGCAUCUCCAACAGGAUAUGCCAGAGAUACAGAGUACAUUUGUCCAGCCGACAACGGCGUCACCUACUCCACUGGCGGCAAAUGUUUCGAGCUUCACUGCAACAGUGCAACCACUCUGAACGUGGGCGUAGCGGAAGAAUUUCCUUCAGCAUCGCUGAAGAAAUGCGCAGAAGCAUGUGGUCGGAAUAAUCAAACCUACCAUAGAGACAUACACUACUGGGUCAUGUUGAACGCGAAUCAAUGCAGUGACAAUCGUGACCAAUCUCCGAAUGAUCGCGACAGGUACCCCGACGAUCGAGAUUCUCGCAACUCCUAUGGGAUCGAUCCUCAGGUUGCUAGUAGGGCGGCUGAUGCUUGCGACCGACAGUACAAUGGGGCAAGACCGACGCCGCUUUUUAACGAGCGUGGUAGACCGGUUUGCUGCGGACCUAUCAAGAAUUACGACCGGUAUGGCCAAGUGACGGAGAGUUGUCCGCCAUCACGCAGUGACAGGAAUGAUGAGAGGAAUGAUGACAGAAGAGACGACAGUCAGUUGGCAUCGCCGGCCCAAGACGAUGAUUCUGGCGGGGGUGAUUUUCCCGAAGAUGAUGAUAGUGGUGGCAGCCCUAGGAGGAAUUGA